CUCAUACUGUAUCAGAUGAAUCGCUAGGCAAAGUGGCGUCUUCCGUACACCGACAAUGGAACAUCAUGGUGGACUGUUUGCGGACAUUUCGAACAGUUUCCCGGGCGCCAGCGGCCUGCCGACCACCAAUGUGAAGUACCACCUUCACAACCCUCCCCAGAUCCCACCGCAACCCCCUCCGCCUCCAGUGCCUCCCUUAGGGUCCUCUCGGCAGUACCACCAGUAUCAACACCACCACAAUUCCCAGCAACAGCAGCAUCAGACAUUAAACGUCCACUUGCAGAAUUCGACCUCGGCGCAACAGACUCCGGCACAGUCGGUUGUAGUUGGAGGUUACGGACAGCCAACAACCGGGAUCAUACAGCAGAGUCAUGUUAUUCAGCAGUCUCAGCAACAGCAGCAGCAUCAGCAACACCAACAACCUGAACUACAGACCUCAUCAACCCAACGACAGCAUCAUCUGGAAAAUCUUCAUCAAACUCUAGGUGGAAGUAGUGGAGGCCUCUAUCAGGACAGUAACGCAGCCGGUCUGUUCGACACCAGCAGUACCAAUACAGCUUCUACGCUCUGCGUCAACAACAGUAGCUCAGGGUCCGGUAAUAGUAGUAGUAGCAGCACAGGUGCAGCUACCAGCAACAGUAGCUACAGCUCGAGCAUUACCAACAGCUCGCGUAAGUUCGAAACCAACACCGGGGACAGCAUUACCUACAACAUCAACAACAUCAACACCAACAUUGUAAACAAUAUCAGCAGCGGUCAAGGAGCUCCGGCGGCCAUCGCGGCCAUUACGAAUGGUGCAGGUGCUGGAGACUUUCUCUCUGGAGUAACGUCCGGAACACAGUACGGCGCAGGCACUGGCUCAACGAUUGCAGUGAACGGUGGUGGUGUUGGUGGCGCACAGCAAGUUGCCAACAAUCCUACCAUCAUAAACAUUAGCAAUAACAAUCACAACAUUAUGGCCCCUCCGUACCCGUACCAUGGUCCACCGCAGUAUCAACCGAAGAUGGGUGGCAGUGGAGGAGCGGCAACUGUGUACAAGGAGAUAAGCGGAAAGUAUGGAUCAGUGGGUGCAACAGGGAGUGGUACGGGUGGUAACGCUGGUAGUUGGGCUGAGUAUGCGUCCCACCAUCACCACCACGAAGCAACGGUGAUCGGGAACUUCGAGGCAAAGAAUCCUAACAAGUACCAUCACACAACGGCUGGUGCGACGACUGCAGCGGCUGGAUCACGCAUGUCCGGAGGCUAUCGAUAUAGCUCCAGUGGAACCGAUUACGUAUCCCAACCCAACACGACGGCACACUAUGGACCAUCAUCACACACUGGCGGAGGUGGAGCGGGUUAUGGACUGUACCAUCCCGAUGGUGUACAGGCGACACCGAUUCAACAAUCCCAAACCUCAGGUGCACCUGGAGCACAUGCGGGUUACGAAGCUUAUCCGCACAUCGUGCGCAACAAGUACUCUGGUGCGGGACCACCACCGGGAAUGCAUCUGUCGGGUGGAUCCCGGGUGGCUUCCUCACAUGCCGAUCUCAUGUACAACGAACGAUCUCAACGAUACGUCAGCAGCUAUGGUACCGGAAAUACGUACAUGCCUUCGAGCGGUGCUGGAUCAGCUGGUGCCGGUAGUGCUGGGGGUGGUGCGACGGGGUCUAAUACAGCUUACUACACCCAGAUGGGUCCUGGGAAAGGUAUGAUGAAUCCUGGCAUGGAUUACUAUGGAACUACCUACUCCAAACAACUAUCUGGCUCGCAUUCACACCACGCACCAAACAAUCCUUACAUCCCACCGAAUCGGAUGGCGUACGCAAGUCAGACAACUGCCAGCUACCAUCCCCACCCGUCCCAUCCCGCCCAUCAUCAUGUGCCACAUGCGCACCAUAAGAGUGCCGUCGGAGGGUAUGGAUAUUCCAGCGCAAAUGGUUCCGUCUCAUCCUACGAUGAUCCUUACCAUCAGCGGUCGAUGAGUGGACGUGUUCCGUUGCCUCAUGCUUAUACCACCGAUCCACAUCAUCUACAGAGUGCACCUGGCUCAACACCAUAUGGCGCAACCGGAACCGGUAGCUACCACCAUCAAGUGCAAGGUCCAAUGGGUUAUCCCAAUCCCAAGUUGACGUUCAAUAAAAACCUCAACGAUUUUUAUACACCAAACGUGACGACGAGCAGCGUUCCUCAGCAUUAUGCUACUGGACAUCCGGGAUCGAUACAACCAACCGGUCUGACACAUUCGGGGCACUACGCCAUGAAAUAUGGCUCGCAACAGGUAGUACAAUCACAGAAACAUGCGACCGUAAAUGGACCUGGCAGUGUUGCCGCAUCCUUAGGUCAGCAGAGCAGAAAAUCUUCUAGCUGUUUCUACGAUACACCGAGUCCGGUUAUAGACAUCAAUCAUCCACUGAUCGACCUGGAGGAGCAGAUCAACAGUGUGAAGAUUCUCAAGAGUGGUCCCACACCGAUGGCAGCUGGACCGGGCUCGAUGUACGAUACGAACCAUCCGCUCAACUACGACUGUCAGCAGAUGUAUCUGAAGAAUCGGUACAUGCAUCCCAAAUCGAUCCAACCUGUGCCGAACAAUACCACCAAUCCAAUCGCUUAUGGUAGUGGACAAUCGAUCUCUAGCGGGGAACAUCAUCUUCAUCAUCAUCAUCAGCGUCAUCAGCUACAUCACCAGCCACAUCCAGAAGCGGUGGGAGCUUAUGGUGUUUAUGCCACGAUGGAAGAUCUUGGACUUGAGCCACGUAGCUUCGCAUUGGAUGAGAACCUAAAGGAUAAAAGCUUGCGCGACUAUCUUACGAGCUGGAACGAGAUGGAAGAAGAAGACGGUACGGCGAAGGGUUCGAAGGAAACUAACAACAACUUGGCUGCGCAUCAGAAUUACGAGUCUUGCAAGUAUAUUGGUCAACUUCAACCGUCAUUAGAAACAACGCCAUCUGUAUCGGAAGAAGUUUCUGUGACACCACUGCAGGAAGUUACUGAACAGGAAGUUAGAACCGUAAAAAAUAGCCCUGCAAUAACUUCGGAGGAUUCUUCUCCUUCACCUCCAUCACCAGUAGUGCCAGUAAUACCAACGACUGCCCCGGUUACUGGACACACGGGUGUAAUAGUCGCAAAUGUACAAAGCAACGGUAACCUGCCAGAUAUUCUGGUGGACAUCGAGAAACCGCCGAAAUCGGAAGAAACCGGUAAGGAUGGCGAGAAGUUGUACAUACUGGAGACGUACGAUGUGCCACAGAGCGAGCUAAACAAGUACAAGCACCUGAGCGUGAUCAACGAGCUGCCGAAGAAUGUAGUUCCAAUCAACGAUAGUGCUGAUUCCCUGAAGUUCCUCGAAGAGAUCGAAUCGAACCGUGAGAAGUACUACCAGACAGAGCUCGAGUCGGAGGUUGUAUAUGAGGAGAAGGAAAAGGAAAAAGAGAAGGAGCAGGAAGUGAUUGAAGAGGAUAAAGUAAUGGUUGACGUGAAGGAAGCGUUACCUGAGCAAAAAUCGGUCAUUCAACAGCCAAAGUUCGAACCCGAUGUUCCGAAAGUGGAAAAGAUCAACGAACCGAUCGAUGAUUUGCAAAGUGAAGAUAGUAAACCGUUGAAAGAAGAAGCGGUUGAAAAAUCACCCGAAUGUAUACCUGAAGAUCUAUCUCAAUCUAAGAUGAAAGAAGAGAUCAAACAAGAUCCCGAAACGAUCGAGCAUAAGAAAGAAAUCGCCAACGAAGAUCACACUGAACCGGAAGUAAAGUGUGACACGGCAGAGCCAAUGCUACCCGAAGCUACACCAAAAGACUCUUCGUCCGCUGAUGAGGAAGCAUCCUUCAAGGUACCCCGGUGUUUCCCGAAGUACCGAAAACGGCGCUUCUACGACUACGAUAUGCCCCGGUUUCCGAAAAAGGCGCGUCGCUCCAGCAUAGAAGAGUUUAUCAAUUGUGAUAUACCGAAAUUCAAAGUACAAACUGUCAAACGUAGUCCCAAAAGUUUGCUAAACCUGUUGGUGGACACGCUCAACUCGAAACCGUUCCGACGGUGGGCAAAGGAUAAUAUAGCCAGGCGACAGGCUUUACGGCGGGAAGAAGAUCGUGUUGGUGUUGAACCAAGCAGUGUGGAUAUGAACCAAGCAGCAGUAGACGUAGUAGAAGAAUCGGUCGUGGAUACACACGAUGAGGUGGAGAAGAUGCAGUCGGCGGUACCGUCCGAACAAGAGGAAACGGAAGGACAAUCGGUGUUGGUGCUAUCUUCUGUUCCUUCACUGAGGGAGCUGUGUUACGAACGGAUAGAAUCGCUCGAGCUAUUCCAUCAGCCAGCCACGCUGAAGGAGCUGUGCGAGAGCAUUAUCCGGGUGAGUAAACACCUCUAUAUCAUCGAGGAAAUGAAAAGCGAACCGCCCCGAUUGCAAGAUCUCUGCAAAGCCGUUCUCAGCGAGACGAACAUCUUCAUCGAUGUGUCAACGAACGAGGUAUGCAUCAUUAAUGAUGAUGAUGAUGAUGAUGAAGAUGGUCAAGUUAGCGGUAACAAUUGUGAGACCAUUCCUUCCGAUUCGAUCACACCAAACACCGGGCGUGUGUUCAUCGUUGAGGAAGAUCGUGGUUCGAUCGCUGAUCUUCUGCGCGAAAACAUUCAGCUGCAGGAGGAAGAUCUCGUCGUCGUUCGUCAAGAUCUUGGUGAAGGGUGCGAGGAUCACGAAAUCUUUAUGACUGAUCUUGCCGCCCAGCCGGAACCGAUGCUUGCGGCGGAAAGCGAGAGUGACAUCUUUAGCCGUGUCGAGCAAGAGAUCGCUAAGAUGAUGCACACGAGUUCGUCCGAGGACGAAGCAGAGGUUUCAACGAAAAAUUCGGAACUGUUCGCGUUUGCCGAGGAUGCGGAGUGUGUACAGUAUGAGGAGGUUAUUCCGAUACAUGCUGAGGAGCAGAGUGUGAAAGAGGGUGUGCUUAGAGCUCUGCGAGCAAAGUAUACUACACGAGGCGUAGGACAUCGGAGACUUCAGCAGCGAUUAGUACGCAAGUAUGUCGUUUAUCAACGAUUCAUUGAGACAUGUUCUGGGGUCAUGCCUCGUAGUUCGAUUCUUUGGAGAAAGGUGAUCGACACACGAAACUCGUCCUCUAACGCGAAGUUGACGCCUCCGCUGCAACAGGAUGAGGAGAGUAAUUGUUCAAGCAGCUCAAGUAGUUCUGCUAGCAGUCGCUCGUCGGGCUCUUCACACAGUAGCCACUCGUCGCGAUCUUCGUCCUCUAGCUCGUCCUCGUCCAGCAGUAGCAGUAGCAGCAGUAGUAGCAGCAGCAGCAGUAGUAGCAGCAGUAACGAAAUGGAGGAUGAGGAAGAGACGGUAAAACUGGUUUCAGCAGUAGAACUAACACCAGAAGAGCUCUCAAGUACCGUGGUAAUGGUAGAGGAGGCAAACAAUAAUACGAUCGAGCUCACCGACUCGAUCAUCCCGCAAGAGCAGGAAAAAAGCUCGUUUUCAUCAUCCACGAUGAAACACGAAGAAUCUCAACCCGAUCAGGUGAAGGCUGACUCCGACAAUGGCAAAAGUCCAGUCCGGUGUGAUGAUAGCAGUGCAAGCAGCUGUAGUAGCAGCAGUAGUAGCAGUCAUGGGAAACAUAGUCCCACAAGUGAGAACACCAGCGUUACCAGCAGUCCGUACAGUAGUGGUAAGUGCAGUAACAGCAGUAAAAGUCCACCCAGCCCUUUGGAGCAACGGGCUGCAACAAAGAUCACCUACACCACCGAGCGACCUCGCUCGGUAAUUGUUUCACCACCGAUUGCCAAAAGGAAGAAGAAGCUUUCAUUCGAAGAAAGUCUGCUCAACAUCGAUCAAAUGUACCGGAAACCGGCAAGCCCUGCCGCAACGGCCUGUACCACGCUGGUGCCCCGCUCGAGCUCAAAUCCACAGUCCACCGCAACCCGUCCGAAUGUGAUCGUCAACGUGAACAAUAAGCGGGAAGUUCCUCGCAAACUAAUCAUACCGUCGUACAAGAUCUUCGACCAAACGUCGGAUGAAGCGCACCCACCUGUCAACGGACAGUACCGGAAGGUAUCGAUGGACGUGGACGCUUCAACGACAAAGCUGUUUGAGUUGAGCACGGAUGGCUUUGGUAAACCGAUCCACAAACGCCGUACGUCCAUCAGUACUGCACCAUCGUACGGACGGUCCAAUUCCUCCUCCGAUGCUGACCGACGGACCCGUGGCUUGCAACGUCGGAAAGCUGCACUGGUAAGACGUCGGAGUUGCUGUUGUUCACCAUUGCGAACACCUCCUGGCUCACCGCUACCGUUCCCCGUUUGCACGAAGUCAUCUACGUCGCUGAUGGGCCAGUUAGGCGGCACACCGGUCCCGUACGUGCGCCUCGAGCGAAACGAUUACGUGGAAAAGCUGGCAGAGAACUAUCGUCGACAGGCACAGCAACAUCCAAGGUCGUCGUAGGUUCGUGUCAUGCAGAUCUCGACUACU